CAUUUUGAUCACACGGUAAUUUCGAAAUAGAUAUAGAUAACUUUUGGUGUAUAUUAUAACAAUAAAUUGAGAUUAUAAUUUAGUAUUAAUGGUAUAUUGAUCUGAACACUUUAAAAGAACAUUGGAACUACUUACUUAGAUUUUUUUGGCGUAAUAUUUAUUCUAGUGUGUUCCUCGUUCACGGAUUUUACAGGGUGAAAAAUUAAGCAUAAUUUUAUUAUUACAGUGGUUAUUUAAAUAAAACAAAGCAUUAACAAUGGUAGAAGGUGGAAUGAAAUGUGUUAAAUUUCUCCUCUGGGGAUUCAAUCUUAUAUUUGUGCUUGUUGCCAUAGCAUUGAUUGCGGUUGGCGCCUAUGUACAGAUUGCCCUGAAAGAUUAUUUUGACCUCAUAGAAGGCUCGUUUAGUUCGGCGGCAGCGCUAUUAAUAGCAGUGGGCGUGAUAAUAUUCUUCAUCGCCUUCUUUGGAUGUUGUGGAGCAUACAAAGAAAACAGAACAUGUGUCCUAAUUUUUGCUGGUCUGUUGGUAAUCAUCUUUAUUAUGGAGAUCGCAGGAGGCAUUGCUGGAUUUGUUCUUAAAGGACAGGUGGAGGAGACUGUAGAAAAAUACAUGAAGGAAAAUAUUCAAAAGAAUGCCACUGUUUGGGAUAAGGUACAAAGUAAAUUCGAGUGCUGCGGAAUCCACAAUGCAAGUGACUGGAACCGUGAGACCCUUCCAUCAGCUUGUUGUCUAUCACCAACUAGUGGAUGUACGUUGAAUGAUACCAAAAGUUACUACCAUGAUGGAUGUCUGGAUAAAUUUACGACAUGGGUCGAAGAUCAUGUUUACUAUGUUGGGGCUGUGGGUGUCGCAUUCGCCUUUUUACAGAUAAUUGGAAUCAUGUUUGCAUGCUGUUUGGCAAGAGCUAUCAAGAAGGAAUACGAAGUUGUGUAAUCCAGUCCAUGUAGUGUAUGAAUAGACAUAAUUUUUGAACCAGUCUGUUUAAAUAUUUACUAAUCAAACAACAGGGGAAAAAGAAAAGAAAGUGGAUGAUUGUUUGAAGGAAUUAUAGCAUUUUCCAUUAAGUGUAGGAUUUUCUGUAUAACUUUUGUGGUGAUGGAAUAGUUAUUGUGAAAAAAAAAUCAUUAAAAAAAUUCAACAAAAACCAAAUCACUGAUAAAAUUUAAAGCUCACCGAUUUAGUGAGCGAUGUUUGUUAAAAAUAUUUAACACUUAUACAAUCUGAAACUUUACAUUUCUAUUGAGGUCAAUAUGAUAUCGAGUCAAUAUUCAAUUUUUCAAGUCAAAAAUUUCUUAUCUUGCUUUCAGUAUUUGGUAUUUAUUGACCCUGCUUAGGAACUUAAAUAAAUUUUCACUGAAAAAAGUGCCCGUUGAAAUUCUAUGGUCACAGGAGUAAAAGUAAUAUGUGGUUGUUUGUUAGAAAUUAGAGCUGUCGUUCAAUAAGGAGUAGUUAAAUUUGGUGUUAAAGUUCUUCAUCAUGCUUUCUAUGGUUAAGGUUAAGGUUUGUAAUAAACUUGAAUUGGCAAUUCUUGUGUGUGUUUGACAAAUUUGAUAAUAGAUUUCUUAACAAAGAUACAUGUUACCAAAAAACAAACAAAACAGGUCAAUGUUAAGGGAUAUUUCUAGAAAUUUCUCCUGUCAGUGCUGAUCAGCUAAGUGGAUACAUAUUUUCACAUCAAAAACAAUGAUAAUAUCUAGAUAGAUGCAUUAAAACAGUUUUACUUACCAUAACAGUAUUGAAACUGUGUCAUCUAUAAAUAGAAUUCUCAUUUUUGUUGUGACAAAUAAAUUCUUUCGCUGUUUAGAAAUUCUGUUUAGAAUUUUAAUUGAAUAAGCAAUAUAGAGGCAAUUCUUUCUUUUUAUUAAAUUUCCAAUAUAAACAACUGGUAGACAGAAAAUAGUUCUGAAGUUAAAAUUUACUCGGUCUUGGACUCGGAAGCGGCAAAAUCAACUGUCCAUAUUGCCAUGGUUUGUCCCGGACAAAUGCAAAUUUUUUCAAAUAUACUUAAUGUUAUGGAUAAGUUUAGAA